AUGAAGGAUCCCUUUUGGCUUAGUUUCUUUGAGCGGAGGCGGCAAAAGCAUGAGCUGAGAGUAGCUCAAAAUCGACUGGCAGGAUCUCAGCUAGACUCAAGUAUAAAGGUAGUUGAUGUUGACAGUGUGGCUCAGAAAGACAAAGAGGAUGCAGAUGAACCUCUAGAACCCCUUGAGCAAGAUGAAUCUGCUGAGGUCCACCUGCAGACCCAUACUCAAAACCCCAGGACUCCUGAGAAGCUCCGGUCCCCUGCAGAUCAGGAAGAGCAACCAGUGCAACAGCUUGUUAGCGAGGAGGUUGUACCAUCAGUGGAAAAAAAGCCUCAACAUUCAACACUGCCAGAUGCCACAGUUCAACCUGCAGAUGUCCAGAUUACCUUCACCACUCCCAGUCACCAACACACUGCAGGCCAGCCUCCAGGGAGACCUCUGGAGGAAGAGCUGUCAUCUACCCAACAAGAGGUGCCAGCUCAACCUUCAGAGCUCCCAGAGUUUGGAGAACCUUCUGAAACCCAUCUAGAAGCCCCAGCUCAGCCUGAAAAACCUUUUGAGGGAGUCAGACCUCCAGGUGAGCAGGAGGCUCCUGUUCAAGCUCCAGAGGCCCCCUUGGAAAGCAUAGAGGCAAGUCCCCCAAACCAUGAGCCGACAGCUCAGUCUCCAGGAGAGGUCCAAGCUCACCAUGCCAACGUCUCCUAUAUUACAGAUAAGCCCCCAGAUGUGAUAGUGACCAUCACUGCAAUGCCUACCAAGGAGACUGAAUCGCCUCUAUCCCACAAUGAGGCUCCAGCUGGUCCUGCAGGUUACAGAGAAGAGACAGAACCUGCUUUCAGUGAGCAGGAGCAGGCAUCUCAACCUGAGUCUCUUGGGGAGACUCAGCCUUCUGUAAUACAGCCUGAAGUCCCUGCUCAGGCUUCAGAGCACAAUGGGGAGGUUGAAUCUUCUCUAACCCAGCAGGAACAACCAGCUCAGUCUUUUGAGCAUCAUGAGUGGACAGUUUCACCUCCAGGCCUAAAUAAAUCUCAGCAUUCAAACUUGGACAGUUUGACUGGUAAACCUCCAGAUGUGGUGAUUACCAUCACACCACAGUCAACAGAUGCGUGGGGGAGUUCUCCAAUCCCCAGUGAGGCUCCAGCUUAUCCCUCAGUCCUAGGGAAUGAUAUGGGACUUCCUAUAACCCAGCAAGAGUCCCCAUCUGGGCCACCAGAGCCUUCUCAAGUGACCAUACCUGUAUCAAUCCAAGAAGAGGCUCCAGCUCCAGGACCUAGUGGACAUGAAAAGCCUUCCACCCAACAGGAAGCCACAGCAGAGACUACACAGACCUCUGAAGAGGUUAUACCUCCAACCCAGCCUCCAGAGGUAGAAGUGCCACCUCAGCCUCCAGAGCUUCCUAAUGAAAUUGUUCCAUCUACAGAACUUCAUGAAGUUCCACCUGCACCAUUACAGAACAAUACCGUUAAACCCUCAGAGAUGAAUGAUGUUGAGAUAACAACCCAACAGGAGGUCCCUGACCAGUCCUCAAUGUUCUCUGAACAGUCUGGUCCCUUGGAAGACCAGAAUGAGGUCACAACCUUGCAGCCAAAACCCCCUACAACUGUUGAACCAUCUCCCAUUUAUCAAGCAAUCUCUCCAGGGCUUGAAGAGGCACCUUCUCCAAGCCAAGAAGAGAGCACAACUCUGCUCCCCAAGCCCUCUGAGAGUACUGAGCUUCCAUCCAUCCAGCCAGAACUUUCAGUUCCAUCACCAAUACCCAGUAUGGACUAUAAUAUUCCUCCACUCUCAGAUAGCUGGGAAUUUUCACCUUUAGAUCUAGAAAUGAUGUUCAAAAGUCAUAAUGAACCAACGUUGCCUAAAACCACAGUGAAACAUGUGGAUCUGGAGUUGACCAUAACUCCACAGACUAAUGAACAAGUUGCAUUUUCUCCAACCCAGUAUGGUGUCCCUUCCCAGCCCCCUCAAAGCCCUGAAAAUAUUGGCUCUUCAGUCCAUCAAGAGACUAUAACGCAGACUCCGAAUUCUCACAAGCAGCAAAGUGCUUCUACAACUACUCAAAUGGCUUCAUCUCUGCCUGCACAACUCCCCGAGAAGGUGGAACCCUUUCCAAUACUUCCACUGGACAUAGAACUUCCUUCAGUUCAGGAUGUAGAUGCAACUGAGCUUCCAGUGCUGCCUCAUGAGAUGGUGGUACAACCUCCAGGGCACUAUGAGACGACAGGUCCCACUCCAAAUCAAGAUGUAACUCAGAGUCCAGUAUUGCCCAGUGUCACAUCUCAACCUGUGGACCUGGAACUCACAAUUACUCCAGAAAUCUCUACUGCAGCCCAACAUUCUAAGGACCUAAAAAAGUGGCCUAAGGAGACCACACCUCUGCAUCUGCAGGAGACCUCACCUCUGCAUCUGCAGGAGACCACACCUCUGCAUCUGCAGGAGACUACACCUCUGCAUCUGCAGGAGACCACACCUCUGCAUCUGCAGGAGACCCCACCUCAGUAUCUGCAGGAGACCCCACCUCUGCAUCUGCAGGAGACCCCACCUCUGCAUCUGCAGGAGACCUCACCUCUGCAUCUGCAGGAGACCUCACCUCUGCAUCUGCAGGAGACCACACCUCUGCAUCUGCAGGAGACCACACCUCUGCAUCUGGAGACUCCAACUCAGCCUUUACAGGAUUUCCCAACUCAGCCUCUGCAGAACACCCCAACUCAGUCCCGGCAGGAGACCACAACUCGGCCCCUGCACGAGACGCCCAAUAAACCUCUGUGGAAGACUGUAACUCAGCCUAAGCAGAAGACCGGAAGCAUGCCUUGGCUGAAGACCCCAACUCAGCCGUGGCAGAAGGCCUCAACUCAGCCUCUGCCGAAGCCCUCAAAUUGGCCUAAUACAAUGAAAACUCAGCCUACACGUAGGCCACAGUUAGAGGCUGUGGCUAAACCUCCAACAACAGGAUAUCACCCAGUGUCACAAUUUAUAGAGACUACUACUCCAAAGCACAGUGAAGUGACACUUGGACAUCCAUACAGGUUGCAAACUCAGCAUUCAACCUUGACUCAAGGCACAGUUAAACGAUUGACUCAAUUUCCAACAACCACCAUCACAGAAAAUGCUUUAGCUGUGCAAACGGAACAGAAUGCCCCUUCAAGCAUCAAGUUAUGUGAGCUCUGUCACUGCCAAAACCAGACACUGUCAUGUGUGGAUCUCAGCCCAGGGCAGAGGCUCCGCCAAGUUCCUGUGCCAGAUAUGGACCCCAAGAAGCAACUUUUCACUGUCUUAAAUUUCAAAGGAAACAAAAUUUCUUAUAUUGAAGAAAAUAUAUGGGCAUCAUACCGUUGGACUGAGAAACUAAUUCUCAGUGAAAAUCGCCUUACUGAAUUACAUAAGGAUUCAUUUGAAGGACUCCUAUCUCUUGAAUAUUUAGAUUUGUCCUGCAAUAAAAUACAGUCAAUUGAAAGACGGACAUUUGAAUCAUUGCCUUUCCUGAAGUUCGUAAAUCUCGGUUGCAAUUUAAUCACAGAAGUGAGCUUUGGAACAUUCCAGGCAUGGCAUGGGUUGCCGUUUUUACACCAGAUAGAUAUGGGAUCAACACAAGUGCAACUUAUGACAGUAGAGAAUGUCCUCAUGUUGACCCUUUCGUUGGAAAAACUGGUCUUGCCUCACAAUAUGGCCAGCUGCCUCUGCCAAUUUAAAAACAAUAUUGAGGUUAUCUGCAAGACAGUCAAGAUACAUUGUGACAGUGACUUGCUGACAAACAACACACACUGCCUUGAAGAAGCAUCCAUAGAGAACCCAGAAGGAACAUUCAUGAAGGUGUUAAAAUCCCGGAAGAAGAAUACCAGCACCGAACUCGUGAUUGAACCAGAAAGAGAAUAUUCCAACAAAAAUGACAUUACCCAGUCAGGACUCAUGAAUGAACAGCCAGAAAUUAAUGAGGGGAGUGAUCUUUUUACUGCACUAAGAUACAUAUUGGCCUAUUUCACACAGGGAAAUAUAGGAAAUACACAAUCUACAGAAUUACCAUUCAUUAAACUGCUUCUCUCAAAUGUGCAAAAUGGAGAUACAUCCGUCAAUGAUUUAAAAGCCAAUACAGGGAUUCCCUCAAUUAUAUAUUAUAAUGUUAAAAAGAAAGAGGAAGCAUCAAUACAACCUCAACAUUUAGGUCCUAAACUUAAACGGCAAAUCUUUCCCCAAAAAGUGCCAAGUGUUGAACCACAGGAAGACAUCUGGAGAGAAAAGGAGAGUGCAGAGGAAAGACUGCCAGGGCUCAAUGGAGUCCUCAAGGGGCCAAAAGGCAAACAGAAAAGACACUUCAAGGAAGUGAGUAAACAAAGCUCCUGGAUGAAACAGACUGCCCAGAACCUUGUGGACAGUACUCGUAAAAAAAGGCUUAGGACACCUCCAACAAGCGAGCUGGAGCCGCUUCAUGGGGCUCAGGAGCCCAAGAAAAUGGCGGGAAACUCCUUGCCCACAAAGCCCUCAUUCAUAAAGAAACUUAAGGCAGUAGCCGCUUCUUUCCAGAAACAAGACUCUGGGGGAAAGGCCUCCUUAUCCACCGUUGUAAAACCCCUACGUGAGGACGGAAAUAAAGACAAAGACUUAGCCGACAGCAUGUUUAUUUUAGAAGAAGCAAAUUCUAGAGUUAAAAGCAUGGAGGCUUCUAAUCCAGUCAUCUAUUCCCAGAAAACAUACCAUGCUCCUGUGGACCCCAGAAUACCCAGGGCCAAAAUGAGUCAAAAGUUCAGAAAGAAAACUUCACGCUUUAGACGACUGCUGGUAAACAGGCCUCCAUUUUCUGCAGUAAGGAGCCUCAUCCAUUCCUCUUCAGGAGGGGACUUUUCAUCAUGGGGAGAGCUGAGGUCUAGGGAGAACUCUUUUUCAGAAGUCUAUGUUCCUUCAAAGCCUUCUGUAGAGAGCACUCCUGUAAGACACCAGAUUGUAGCAAAUGCUGUGGUAGGAAAUACUGCUGCACAAAACGACCCUGUGCCAGAAGGAAGUCUCCCUAAAAACAUAAUUCAGGAAAAACUUGUUGCUCCAGGACCCACUGUGACUGAAUCCAAGGUAAUGCUGCCAAUAGAAAGCAAUGAUGAGGCACAAUGGGAACACCUCAACAUAGGCCCUGAUUCAUCUGUGAAGGCUCCAAUCACCCAUGCCCAAUUUCCAUCCUUUGGCGAUCAUUUUGAAUUGCAGUUAAACCAGCAGCUGAAGCCCCUCAUUCCUAAUAAUGAUGUGAGAAGACUCCUGUCUCAUGUUAUCCGGACCUUAAAAAUUGACUGCUCUGAGACUGAUGUGCAAAUGGCCUGUUCUAAACUCAUCUCCAAAACGGGCCUGCUGAUGAAGCUUCUCGGUGAACAGCAAGAAGCCAAGAUGUCAAGAGCUGAGUGGGAUAUGGACCAAUGGAAAACAGAUAACUACAUCAAUGAAGCUCCAGGUGAACAGAAGGAACCAAUUGAGUUAACACAAGAAGUUCCGGGAUAUGGCUAUAACAACAAAAUCAUCUUGGCAAUAUCUGUGACUGUAGUAGUAAUGAUUUUGAUUAUAAUUUUCUGUCUCAUUGAGGUAAGGACCACCAUUCAUACAUGUUUCCACAUUAUAUCUUGUUUCUGUAGUAGUAAUGAUUUUAAUUUUCUGUCUCAUUAAGGUAAGGACCACCAUUCAUGCACGUUUCCAGAUUAUAUCUUGUUUUCUGUAGCCAAAGCCGUUUCCCACUCUCCAGAUAGGAAUUCUUUGACAGUGCAUAAU